UAUCCAAUCGAGGUUGACCACGAGUACUGUCAACUUGGUCUAUAAACCGAGAGAUGUUCUGGAGUAAAUGCUGAGGUGUCUUUACAGAGAUGACUGGGUUAACGCAGCCGAUACAGAUAUUUCAUUCCGUAUCCCUCUUCAUCUUUACUCUAGAUCUCCUUAGAGAUGGUGUAGAGGGAUCAGCCAGUGAGGUGGAGGAUCAUCUGGAGAUGGGCAAGAAGCUGCUAGCAGCAGGACAGCUAGCAGAUGCAUUGUCACAUUACCAUGCAGCCGUGGAGGGUGAUCCAGGCAACUAUUUAACAUAUUUUCGAAGAGCAACAGUAUAUCUUGCCUUGGGCAAGUCAAGGUCAGCUUUACCUGACCUUGAUAAGGUCAUACAGCUCCGUCCAGACUUUACAGCUGCAAGGCUACAGAGAGCUCAUGUUUUAUUAAAACAAGGAAAAUUAGAAGAUGCUUUAGAUGAUUAUGAAAGUGUGGCUGAGAAAGAUCCCAACAAUGAGGAUGCACUAAGACAUAUUGACCUGAUCCAACCGCUGGAGGAGGAUAUCCAACAAGCCAAAGAAUUCUUUAAACAUGCUCACUUUAAGGAGGCUAUUGACUUGUUGACUCGAGCUAUAGAGAUUUGCCCAUGGGACCCAGAGUUACGUGAGAUCCGAGCAGAGUGCUACAUUGCCGAGGGGGAUCUGUUCAAGGCCACUGGAGACAUUCGCCCCACCACCAAACUGAGGCCGGACAAUACCAAAGGAUACUUUAAACUCAGCAUGCUAUACUACAACAUGGGCGAAUCAGAUGAAUCUCUGACGCAAAUCCGUGAGUGCCUUAAGCUUGAUCCUGACCACAAGGAAUGCUUCGGCCACUACAAGAAGGUGAAGAAGCUGGUCAAGCAGAUCGAGAGCACCCAGACCUAUAGCAACGAGGAGCAGUUUGAUGACUGUAUAGACAAAGCCAAAGCUAUGCUCAAGACCGAACCCAAUGUCCAUCCCUAUGUCCUCCGUGCUCACUCGCAGCUAUGUCAUUGUCAUUCCAAGGCAGGCCACUUGUCCGACGCCCUGAUGAUCUGCGAGGAGGUCCUGGAGUUGGACCCACAGAACAUUGACGCUCUGGCAGACAGAGCAGAGGCACAUAUACUUAAUGAAGACUUUCAGGCAGCCAUCAACGACUACCAGGAGGCUGCCAAUAUUGAUGAAAACAACCGUCGGAUACAAGACGGCCUGAAUAGAGCUCAAAAGAUGCUCAAACAAUCCCAAAAACGGGACUACUAUAAGAUAUUAGGUGUAAAAAGGACGGCCAGGAAGAAGGAGAUUCUGAAGGCUUACAGGAAAAUGGCCAUGGUGUGGCAUCCAGACAAAUACCCAGAGGGAGAUGAAAGGAAGAAAGCAGAAAAGAAGUUUAUUGAUUUGGCAGCUGCAAAGGAAGUGCUCACUGAUCCAGAAAAGCGAGGACGCUUCGACAACGGUGAAGACCCUCUUGACCCAGAAGAGCAACAACAUCAGGGGCAUCCAUUCUUCCAUCAGGGAUUUAAUCCAUUCGGAGGUGGAGGUGGAGGUGGCGGAGGCUAUUCUUUCAAAUUCCAUUUCAAUUGACCCUCAAAGAGGCCUAGAUGCUAUUUUAUGCUCGACAUUGUAAAUUAUACAUUGGCCAUUUGUAUAUUCCCCAUUCUCAUGGUUGCCAUAGAAACAUGGGGGAAAAGACCUAACUGUAUGCAAGGUACAAAGAAACCGAGGUAUUGUGAGGUGGGAAAAGUGUCCUUCAAAUAUUUUGUGUUUGCAACAAAUCUGUGUCAAGUAUAAUUUGCAUAUAAGUAUCAAAUUACAAAGUGCAUCAACAACUGAUGGUUUACAGUAAGAUUUUCUCAUUUAAACAUUGGUUCAGUCAGCUGUUUCAGUGAUGAAUUCCCAUUAAAUAUUCAUCAUGUUCCUCAAUUCAUAAAUUGCCAAGUUUGUUUAUUUUCAAAAAUGGGAUGUGUAAGCAGUGAGUAAUCAACUGGUUGACAUAUUGGGAACCACAUUUUGUUCUGUGGUGCGGCCUCAGACAUCUACCCAUGCUCAACCAAACUGGUAGAUUUUAAAGGUUGGCAUUUGCCUCCCCUUCCUCACUAGCCAGAUUCUAUGACAUGUUGAAAUAUUGUUCAGGCUGUGUAAAUCCCAUGUUUUUCGAUUUCUGAAAAAUACAGAACAAACUUCUGUGUAAAAGCUAUAUAAAGACUGUCCAAGUUGUUUUGGCAAUACCAGUAUUAAGCAAUACAAAGGUUGUUUGGGGACCGUUCAUAAUUUAUGGCUAGGGUGGUGGUGAUGAUUUUUAAAGACAUGACACCCCCUAAAAUUUAUGUACAAAGUUAGUAAAAAAACCAAAAAAAACACCCCCUUGCAUGUCAUGUACAAAAUCAAUGACAGCCCCCACCCUCUCAUAAUUUUUAAGCAUAAUUUUUUACUACUGUUAUGUACAAAAUUGAUGGUCCCCCCCUCCCCAUAACGAAAUGGGUCAUCACCCAUCCUAGACAUAAAUUAUGAACAGUCCCUUAGCGACUGUCUUUCUCGCCAUGUUUCUGUCAAUGGCAUGGUCUCAAAUCCCUGUAUAUAUACAAGCAUGGAUGGAAUGUGUGCAUGGAAUGGUUCAGAACUCUGAGCUGUAUUUAUUUUCAAAUAUGUUUGAUAUGUGAAUAACUUGAAAUAACAUGUAAACUCUGGUGCAAUUCUAAUUGUUGCUGAUUUCUGUGUGGUGAAUGAAAUACUAGUAUUUGUGAGUUGUGUGCUUUAAUGCAGAUUUUAUGCCUAUUCGGCAGGUAUUGAACAGCAGGACAGAAUUUUCUGUGUCGGUCAUUUGUCCAUUUUGACAUUCUUGUACAUGUUUAUGAGGGAUGUUAUUUCAUGUAUCUCCACUGUGUGGGAGAUAAUUUCUUACAGAACAUCUUAUUGAAAGGAUUAUUAGGAGAGGAGAUGAUUGUCAUUCAACUGACAUUGACUUAAUCCAAUCAGUUUUGUAAAUCAUUUAAAAUGGGAUGUAUGAAUUCCACACAAACUGUUUCAUUUGCAUUCAUUGGGGCAAUGGGGUAGCCCAGUGGUUAAAUCGUUGGUUGUCACCGUAAGACCUAUAUUCGAUUUCCCAUGGGUACAAUGUGCGAAGCCCAUUUCUGGUGUCCCCCGCCGUGAUGUUGCUGGAAUAUUGCUAAAAGUGGCGUAAAACCAAACUCACUCAGUCAUUACAUGCUCCUUGAAAGUAGGGGAGAUAAUCAGGGUUGCUGAACAGAUGGCCUUCACAGAUAACUUCAUUGAAGCAUUGACAUCCUCAUUUGAAAAUCAUCUUAGGAAUGUUGUCAGUGAAUAGUCUCCAUUAAAGCCAUUGUUUUAAGUUGCAAGAACUGAUUUGGAAUAACUUCUUAAUUAUUUGCAUAAUAUGUUGAUCCAUAAUGGGUUUCACAGAUGUUGAAUUGAGUAUAAUAAUAGAAUUGAUUUUGAAUUUAUGCAUUUAUUAAUAACUUCAUCACAAAUACAUCUCAGUUUUGAAUUUCUUUACAAAUAAAUAUGACUUUCUUUGUGUAGAAAUUGAACAAUUUCAUUAAUAAAUUCAAAUAAUAUAUAUUAAAUUCAUAUAAUAGUUCAUUUUUAGGUAAGUCAUUACUGCAAAACAGCUAAUAUUGUUUAAGACUGCUUCUAAAAAAAGUUCAUUACAAAGUAUUUGGUAAAUAGGUAACUGUCUUGCAGAGUUUCAAAUAACCAGUUAACUCUGUGUCUGAGGACACGUUUGAUGUUGUCUUGUUGAAACUGUCAUAAAUUCAAGUUUUUCAUUUUAAAGCUAUAUCUAUUUGUAAAAUAAUGAUGUUAAACAUGAAAAUCUGCCAUGUAGUGUUUUGAAGGUGUUUUGUGUUUGUUCUCUGAAUUCCUGAGCCAUUUGAAAACCACAAUAAGAGCACAUUCCAUUGUAGAAAUUGCAACAGAUUUGUGUUAAAACUUAACCAGUAUAACAUUCAAAAUAUUUUAUUAUUAAGCAUUAACUGAUCAGAUUUGGCUAAAGUUGAAAGCCAUUACCUGUAAUGCUUGUGACAUACUAAGGUCUAGCCUCAAUAGUUGAUUGAUAUUAAACUUUCUGAUUAUGGUUAGAAACUCUCCAUCUUUACUGUUGCAUGAUUCCUUGUAAUGCAGUGUUUAGAGGAACAAUAUGAUAGUGAUAUGGGAAAAUCUUUAACAUUUCAUUACUUGGAUUUACUUGUUUUGAGUUUUAAAAUUUUAAGUGCACUUGUUAAGAUAUUUUUCUAUUUUGUUAUAAUUUGUAAGCAAUGCUGUAUGAUGUUUGCAUGAAAUUAUCUUCAUGCACGGUUCCUUUUAUGAUUUAGAAAUAAAGGAUCUUAGUGACUGGUCUUGUUAAUAAUACACACUUACAGGAUCAGAGCGUUGGACUUUCAACAGACUAGAUCCUAUGCUGGUCUCUCUUAGGCCAAUGUUCACUGUUACAUUACAAGUCAUACUGUUAGGAAGAGUAUAUUCAAGCAGCCAUUGUGUCUGUGUGUUUUGUUGUCCAUUCAUGUGCGGAGUGCGAGCUGAGAUUUUCCUGUGAUGAAAGAUGAUGUAUAACUACGAAUAAAUGAUUUCUUGUUGGUUA